CGGAAACACAGCCCGACGCCCCGAGGCCCCCGACCUAAUCCACAAUUCCGUCGCCCUAGCUCGCUCCCGCCACGCGCCGCCACGCCCCGUUCCCGACCGCCGCCCACGGCCGCCCGUCCGGCCGUCCCUGACCGCCGCCGCGCACGGCCGCCCGUCCUCUGCUCGCCCCCCGCCCCUCUCCAGUCUCCACGGCGCUGCAGCACUGGGCGCCGCUGAGCUCUCCCUCAUCUCUUCUUGAUCCGGCACCACGAGCCGGGUAAGAGGAUGGUGAAGGGGAUGCCCAAGUCAAGACCUAUCCAAGCGGCGGCAGAGGUGGUCUUCGACCCGUCGGUCUCUGGCACCCGGAAGCCCCGCCGCGCCGAUGCGCCGUCGUCCACCAGCGAGUACCACCACUUCAUGGGAUCGAGCCUUUCGAAUAUGUACCACAAGCCACCUCCGGAGAAAUCCGCUGACAUGUCUGAUGAUGAGCCUGAUGACAUUGAUAUUGAAAAGUUGUUGAAAGAUGUCGAGCUUUUCGAUGCCUCUACAUGGAAGGACCGGAAGCAAAUACAGAAUCGCAAAGUAGUUGAACUGGGUGGAAAGGCCAUUAAGAAGCAGCGUACACCACUAUCUGUAGCAAAGCCAGCUAUGAAGAAUCAACAGAAAAGGGAGCAAAAGAAAAUUGAAGAGGAAAGACUGCUUGGGAUAUUCAGGAAACGAGACAAGGGCAACAAGUUUGAGAAGACUAGACCAGAGGACAGAGUACUCAAGGCAACUGAAGGGCGGUUCAAGAACGGUAUUCUUGAUGUGAAGCACCUGAUGGGAGCACCGAAACCAUCUUCUUCGUUCAGGGAUGAGCCAGAGCGCGAGAUGAGAGGAAAGGGUAAGAAAGGUGGGAAAGGGAAAGGAAAGGGUAAGGGGAAGCAGAAGGGAGGCCGAAGAAACAGACGUUGAGGGAGCACCUUUGUAAUGCAUUUUGUUGCAAGAUACAUGUUGGAAGAAGACAUGUUCAGCCAACACCCUGUAAUCCUUUUUGGAUAUGUUAAAUUCUACUAGUAUCUUCUAAGUAAUCAUUCAAACAAA